CGUAGAGGUUAAGGAUCAGCAACUGCAGAAAAUUCAUGCAACAAAGGUGUUCACGAAUUUCCCAGUGGAUGUUUCACAAGCAACUCGAUCGAGGGCAAGAAAAGGGCGAGGAAGGCGUUCGGCAUACAAGUCUACAAGUCCGAACAGAAAGCAUUGGGCAGCGAUAAACAAAGAUUUCAAUGGCCACUUCUACGAACGGUCUCAAAGACUGUGGAAUUGUACGAAGGAAUCGGAACUCGUGUUUCAUGCAGUGAUUAAUGUGAUGGUGAUGGCUGAUGAACUACACCUAGCUCGAGUAUUCCUCAGGGACGGUGUCAAGGUGGACGUCGUCACACUUCCUGAUAAUCUAAAGAUCAUAGAAACAACUGAACUCAAAUUCUUCACAGUUGAUGAACAAUCUAAUAUCAAAAUCAUUUCAUAUGUUGGCGACAUCGUAUUUGAAACCACCGAACAUCCAAUACUAGGCAAACUUUUCAGUGGAAGCUAUGAAUCCAAGAUUAACAGACUGUUUUCUGAGGAGGCUAUUGUGGAAGAAGGCUAUUCUUACAUCCAGCUGUUGGCAUACUAUCAUAUAGUGGAAGGUUUUAAUAAAAAACUAAGUGGGAACGGAAAUAGCAGUACCAGUAAUAAAGGAGUUCCAUCCGCACCAAUACCGGAAACAAUCACGUACAUGCCAAAAGGAGAAACCAAAAUAAAGGUGAUAGGAUCCCAAUUCAGUGUGCUACACGUAUAUGACGAUUGGGACCACGAAAUGACUUCAACAGAACAAGAUAAACCUAACUGUCUGCAAAUCAAAUGGAAACAUGGCUAUCCGACGUACAUUCCCAGAAUAGUUGAAUAUGUCGAUGACAGGCAAUAUGAUUUCGAUGCCUUCGACCUGCACAGAACUUUCAAAGUUGAAACAUUCCUGGCGAUCUGUCAAAGCGUGGAGAAUGUAUAUUUGGAUAUUCUACAAUAUUUGAACGUGAAACAACCACUUAAUGCCGUUAUGUACUCUGGCAGUGUUAAGUUCCAAGAGCCUGACAGUAGUCGGAAUAAUGAAUACAUAGUUGUUCGUGCUUUCAUCGAUAUGAAAACAAACCAACUUGUUAAGUAUGAUGGUGAAAGUUUUAAAAUGGAUCGUACCAAGGUGGAAGAUGUUAGAAGUUUGCCUCCUGCUUCUCCUCUGCAGUUCCAUGCCAGCGAUCAGGAGUAGUUCCGUUAUCGGAGAAUUGAUUUCAGUCGAAAAAAAUAUAGAAACCGAUUCUCAAUUCUCAGCUACAAUUUAUUUAUACCUGCACAAUUUGCACAAUUUUCCAUUCUUUACAAUCUGUACAAUUGCACGAUUUUCUUGAUUUUUCAAUGGGUUUUCACUAUCAGCCUUGCAUUUUUUUAUUAAUUUUAAUGAGAUUUGAGUGCUUUUGUGUUGAAGUGUUAUUUUUGGUAGUCUCAAAGAUUGUAAAACAUUAGAAAUAAAGUUGUUUUGAGUUCUGA